CAAGAUAAUGCAGAGCCAACAACAACAACAGCAACAACAACACCAACAGCAACAGCUACAACAACAACGGGCCAUGAAACGGAGCCAACAAUUUCAACGCACUUUGCGACAACAGCAGCCGCCACAAAUGUGGCGGCCCGUGUAACGGAAACAGUGACAGUAGCAGCAGAGGCAGUUUCUUCGCCGCCCCCCGCCGCAACAGCAGCAUCGCCAGAAGCAGCAGCCGAGGGCCAAGCACUGACAGCUCCACCAUCGACAUCGUUGUUGCUGCUGUCACCUGUGGCCGAGAGAACCGAAUUAGCUGAAACAGCUGAUGUGUCUAGUGCUGCAAGUGCAGCUGCAGCUGCGGCUGCGACUGCUCAGCAGCAGCCAUUGUCAUCGGUGGCGCGGACCGGGCCCGCAGUCGAUGUACAGAUGCGUACGCACCAAAGACAAAAAAUAAAGAGCUACCACGAUGCAAAGCAGACAGCGGUAUGGCGCACCGAUUCACUGGUCUCCAAUCCCAGCUCGACGAUGUGCCCGGACUCCUCCCUGACACCCGCCGCGGCAGGGGUGGUGUUGGGGCUGCCCAUGAGAGGUGUUGUCCUGUCCACUGCGCCAAGUAUAUUGCAGCGGAAAUCGUCGGACAGCUCGUUGCUGGUUGCCAUACCCCGUCGUGUCUCAUUUCCGGACAACGCGUUGGUCACUGGCUAUCUGGAACCGGCCAAUCCAUGGAAACAAGCCUGCCUAGUGAGGAGCAUUACCGAGAUCGUGGAUCAGUACGACCAGUCGUGUCGAAAGCAUCGCACAGAGCCGCUAAAGAGCAUCUUGAAUCACCUGAAUGGGCUGGAUCUGACGCUGCAGGCGCGGCAGCCGCUGCUCUCCCUCAAAGGCAAUCAACUGACGGCCAACGAUUGCGAGGCCCUCGAGGAGAUAUUCAAAAGGAUACAAUACAAAACCAUCGAUCUGUCGGAAUGCGCGCUGGACGAGAGCUGCUUGAGCCCUCUCUUCCAGAUGAUCGAGUACUAUGAGGCGGCCAUCGAGCUGGAUAUAUCGUACAACAAGGAGACGAUGACGAAGCGCUGCUGGGAGCUGUGCGCCUACAUGGUGGAGCGCAGCCAAGAGCUGCAGCUGCUCAAUGCCGAGAGCAAUCAGAUCACCCGACUGGGAGCCGAAAGCCUGGGCCGCGCCUUGCAAUCCUCUAAUCUACACACGCUCAAGUUGGAGCACUGCGGCCUGAGGGGACCGCCACUCACCGAACUCUGCCAUGGGCUUCAUAAGAACAAGAUGCUCAAGGAGCUGUGGAUGGGCUACAACGAUCUGGAGUGUACGGACGCUAAGCACAUAGCCGAUAUGCUGCGGUACAACCACAGUCUGGAGCUAAUCGACAUAAGCAACAACAACAUUCGGGACGAGGGCUGCAUGUAUCUGUUGCAAGAUCUGAUCCUUCAAUCAACAGAACUGGAACGUCGACUGGGCGCCCUGAAGCGUGCGCGAGCCAUAGAGGUGGAUGAUUCCAUGGAGACGGACUACAGUCCAUCAUCAGUGUCCCAAUCAGAGACGAACUUUAGUUUUUGUGAAGACCGUGUGAAAGAUGUCGUCGACAAGACCAAUGACGGGGAGUCGACUGCCGCUGGCGAGCCAUCGACAGCUGUGGAGCAGCCACCAGCAUCCGCGAGCAACAGCGAGGCAGCUGUGGCGAUCCUGGUAGAGGUGGAGAACGAUAACGAGGACGACAACACCGAGGAUGAUACUGUGCGCACUGUGAAGAACUGCAAUGGCAGUAGCGGCGGCGGCCAGUCAAUGCUGGACAAGCUGCUCUCAAUGAAUAGCGACAGCAGCAGCAGCAUGGAGGAACCGCCAUCCACGGACACACUGGCUGCCUGUUGCUCCGAAGACAUAAGCGAGAUCAGCAAUGAGAUAUUUGAUGCAAGCGGGAAGCAACAGCAACAGAAGCCACAGUCAGAAGAAGCAAAAGCAAAAGAAAUUACUGAAGGAGCGAGAGAAGAAAGCUCGACAGAUGUGGAAGCCACAUCGAUGGCUUCUGCAGCCGAGGACAGCACGGAGGAGAAACAACAACAGCAGCAACAGCAGCAAAGUUCCCAAAAUGAACGCAACUUAUGUGAUAUUACUCCCUCAACAGAGGCUAAAACCGUUGAACCGAAACCCAAUGAAUCCUGUGUACAGAACAACAACAGCAUCAACAACAACAACAACAACACUACCCAAGCAGCAGUUGCAGCAGCAGCAUCAACAGUAGCGCCAGAAAAUGAUAAAGUUACUGGGGUCAGUCUCAGUCACAGUCACAGUCCAAGCGCAAGCUCCUCGCCGCCAGCAGGCAUCUAUGAAGUAACCGCCGAGGAGAGCGAUUGCUGCAUCAAUGGCGGCGGCAAUGGAGUGGCAAUGGUGGGCGGAUCGCGACCGCUCGAUGUAAAUAAAAACACCAAGAGCGCAGGCGACGACUUUGAGGACACGCACAGCAUGGACUCGGCGUUUGAGAGUGCAUCCGAAGGUGAUAUUAGUCGCCAUCUGCCCGACGAGUUUAGCCGUUUGUCCGUGUCGCUGGAGAGCACGCGACUGGAUGACAUGGCCAAGGAGAUGGGUGGCAUUGAGACGGCCACCAUUGCCACAGAGUCUACAGAGUGUCUGCUGGUGGCAGAGGAGGCGGCGGCGCCUGUGGCGGCUGCGGUCACCCCCACGCCGCUCCCCAAUGAUUCAUUCCAGCAGCCGAAGGUGACCAUUGCCGAGGAGUGCCGUCCAAGCACAUACUCCUAUACCGGUCCCAGUCCCACGCCAACGCCGCCACCGCCCUCCACAUCGCCAGGCGGGGCAAGCAUCGGAAUGCGACGCACCGAGUCGAGUUGUGCGUACCUCAAUCAGUCCACGCGCAAUUGGUCGCACAGCGCGGAGAGUCUGUGCAGCGAUAUAUCGUUGGAUGGCAACAACAGCAACAACAGCACCAACAGCACCAGCAACGAUCCCGAUUUUGCGGAUAAGCUCACGAAGAACGACACGCUUUCCAGGCGGCAGCUGGCGGAAGCGGCCAACCUCGAGGCAGCCAAUCGGGCGCCCAGCGGCCUGAAGGCCCUCACCAUGUGGAAUAAUAACCUCACCAAGGAAUGCGCCGCCAGUGUGGCCGAGCUGCUGGAGAAGACCAUUUCGCUGGAGCUGCUCAACAUUGGAAAGAACUGCCUGUCCAAUGAUUUUGUGAGCACCAUCAAGGAGAGCCUCACCAAGAACACUACCCUCACGACGCUGGGGCUACAGAGUGCCCAUCUAAGUGCCAAGGGUAUCGAGACACUGGCCUCCAUUCUCAGCUUCGGGGGCAACAGCAAGCUCCAGCGCAUCGACAUACGUGACAAUAAACUAGAGGUCGAAAGUCUGAACAUAAUCGCCGAGGUGCUCAAGUCCAACAAGACCCUCACCCAGAUCGACAUCAAUGAUGAGCCCAAGCGUCUGACGAUUGGCAGCGAUGCCCAUUUGGACUACACGCGAGUACUGGAUACAGUGCGGUCCAUGUGCUUCAGGAAUGAGAAGAUGCAAGCCCAGGAGCUGACGGAGAAGGCGGCGAUUGUGGGCGGCGCCGGCAUCAACAGCAAUAGCAGCAGCAGCAGUGGCUUCAACAGCGGCUAUCGGUGUCGCGGCGGUUACUACUUGGGCUCACGGAAGAUCUCACUUACCUGCCAGAGCAGGCCAUUUGUGGACGCCAACACAGGCACUGUGACGUCCUUGGCAGCAACCGUCGCCAUGCCCACAUCGGCCGCCGCCCUACUGGAGGUGAAGCGGAAGACGGGCACGCGUCUCCGUUCGCCGGGUCCCAGUCCGCCCACGAUCUCGCCGUCAUCCUCGCCGAAUCGCAGCCGCUUUCAUGUGUCCCGUGUGGCGGAGGUCAGCAGCGGCAGCAUCAGCAGUCCGCUGAUCUCGCCGCUCGCCCAGAGGCCCCUGCAGCAUCCACCCACGCCGCGCUCGGCAAGCAGCUGCAUGUCCAUACCCACCAUCGGCGGCUGUUCGCCCAGCGGCAGCCAAAGCAGCCUAAAUGCGGUGGGUGUGGGCACCCUGCCCACGUCGAGCUCGCUGCCGGCCAUGGCCUCGGUUACGUCCUCGACCCAGACCAUAAAGCGGCUGUCGGUUUCGCCUCGGUCCCGCUUCCAUGUGUCGCGCAUCUACGAGGAUCCCCAGGUUCCAAUGGCCAAUCGUCAGCUGCCACCCAUCACGCCGCACACGCCACCCAUUGAUCUGCCGCCCACACCGAUGUUGAAGUCGUCCCGGAAGGCGGUGCAGCUGUCGGAGGCGGUCGAGGCAGCGGCUGCUGCUGCUGCCACUGCCACAAGCGGCAGUGUAGUGAUCAUCAGCAAUGUAGUGAUUGUGGAGCCAACCAUAGACGAACCAGACGAGAGCGACGCACAGCGAAACAGUACAAAUGCCGACGAGGCUGCGGGACAGAAACUCUCUCCGCAUUUCUCCCACAACUCCCCCAUUUCAUCCAAUUCAUGCUCAACAUCGCCCGGUAGCAGUGGCAGCAGCAUUAGCAGUGGCAGCACCAGCAGCAGCAGCAGCACCAACGCUUGUGCCGGCAGCAGCAGCAGUAGCACCUCCACCGACAUUACAGACUCUAUUAGCUCGGGCCCCCCAUCAGGAUGCUCUGAACCAGUGCCCAGGCUCUGUCCGUUGGCCGUUUUUGGAGACAAUGAUAUAACCCUUACCAAGGAGUCGGCUGCUGUGGUGGCACUCUCGGCCGCUGUGCCAGCGCCAGUGCCAGAGGCAGAUCCAGAGACAGUAGAAACAGAACCAGAACCAGAGCCAGCGCCGGUAAGCAGUCCACAGCCGACGGCACGUUCCCGCAAGACCUCGUGGAUAGCCAAUCCGUCGGCGGUGGACAAGCUGCUCACUCUGUUCAAUCCGGGGACGAUAUUCCAGCGCAGUUCCUCGCCAGAGCAGAAGGCCAGUCAGCAGCAGGUUUCAGGGGCCAACACCGCCACAAACAACGCACAGACAGCAGACGAUGGUAAUGCCACAACACAAACAUCCAUUCUGUCGGUCACGCGAAAAACUUCGCCCUCCUCCUGGACCUCUCUGACCGGCGGCAGCCACUGCGCCACCUCAAACUCUAACUCUAACUCAAACUCCAAUUUGGACAGCGUUUCCGGCACAGGCAGUUCUUCAUUCCUGGACACGGCCUCGCGUCAGUUGCGUGACUUUAGCAAGCAGGUCUUUCGACAGAACAUCUCGUUCAACAACAGCGGCGAUGGGGCAGCCAGCUCGGGGCCAGCAGGCGUCCAGUUGGAUGGGAACGGGGCAACGGGUACGAUUACUACUACCUCGUCGUCGAGCAGCACAGAGUCGGCCUCGCCGCCGGAAUGCAAUGCGGCUCAUAUGCCGCCUAGCCUGAAACGGCAGCUGAAGGAGAACAUCUCCCCAGAGCACACCAUCAACGAGGAGACGCUGCACACGCUGCAAAAGCUGUCGCGAGUGGAAGAUGUGGCGACCCUCAAAGCGGAGGCGGCCGCAGAGUUGGGCGACAUUGAGAUAGUGAUGUACAGCGAGGUUGUCCAUUGCCUACCUGAGGAGCAGACGCAAAAGCAGAAGUCGGAGCCGGAGUAGGAGGCCUCGAGCAUAGUCUUGGAGGAAACGCACAGCACUGAGUAGGAUGAUGAUCGGCUACUUACAAACAAACAUAGAACCUAAGCAAAUUUAUCGUGUGCAAUUGACAAUGUUGAGCGGCAGAGAAAUGGAAAGGAAAGGAAAACCGACUAAAGAACCACCCACCCAGCAUUCCCAUGGCGCUCCUUUGAACCGAAACCACCCCACCCGCCUUGAAAAAUGAUGAUGACGAUGAUGAAAGAAUGUGGAGGGGCCUCUCUUCGAGACCCUCCUGUAACUAAAAUAACUAUUAACAGAAAGAGAAUCAGAAACAACAAAUAUGAAGAAGUACACAAGUUAGUGGUAACUUUUGUUUUAUUUUUGGUUAAAUUCGUUUUAAGUUAAAAAAAAUACUUAUCGACCAGAAAACAAAUUACACACAAAAGAGAGAAAAUAUAAAUAUAUUUUAAU